GUCAACACUCUGUCCGAGUCAGAAGACACAGACGUAGAGAAGCUGAAAGUUGUCAGUGAUCAGUCAGAGUUGGACUUCAGUAUCUGUGCAGCCUCUGAAGGACUGGAAAAGGUGACUCUGAAGAAGGACCAGUUACUAUUGGAUGAUCAGGACUGUGUUGAGAAGAUGUCACCUGUCAAAGAGCAUGUGUUGAAUGAGGAGCAGAGCUUUUGUGCCCCAGUUGAAGGAGUUAAGGAGGUCUGCAGACAUGUUGUGGUCACUUCAGCAAUAUCAAGCAUGGAUAAAUGUGCUGAAUGUGUGGGACCUGUUGCAGCUCUCAAGUGGAUUGGCCUGAGAUGUAAAUUGUGCUCCAGUUUUUGGCAUAAGUCCUGCUAUCUGAAGCUCCAUGAAUGGGAUGGAAGACGGUCAUUGUGUGAAGUAAGUUCAGAGGAAGAUGAGCUGUCAGAUGAGGAUUACAUACCUCAGUCAGAGUCAGACCAUCAGUCAGACAGUUCAGAUGAGUUGACAACAAGACCAGCACGUUACGACCAAGCUAAACUCUUAGAUAUACAGGAAGCUGCGUCAUCUAAGUUUAGUGAACAUCUGAGAUCAGAUGUAACUACCCUGAAUGUGUCUAAGGGCAAAGGAAAAGGAGUCCUGAAGGUCAUGGAAGCAGCAAGUGUGUAUGAUGAGUCUGAUUUAAUGUGUCAUGAGGAGCAGUUUACUGAUUUUGAGACAGACAGUGAAUCAGACUUUCCCAGAAAGCAAGACUCAGUGGUAUGCAGGUCAACAGAUGUGCUUAUGUCAUCACCUCAAUCACACAAUAGUAAGCUUUUGAAUUCAAAAAGCACAGUAACAUUGAGAGAAGAGAGGGAACGCAGCAUGGCUGGAGGUGAUCAUUGUGUGCAGUCACCAAAAAUCUCCUGUUCAGCAAAUAGGAAGAAUUAUUGUUACAUCUGUGGGAAACCUCAGUCCAAGCUAGCGCGCCAUUUGAAAACUCAUAUGGCUGAAGUUGAAGUUGUUCAGGCUUUGUCACUCCCAGUUCACUCAAAAGAACGUAAAGCAAUGCUGCAAAAGCUCAGGAACAAGGGCAACUUUCAGCAUAACACUGACGUUUUACAGUCUGGAGAGGGGGCUCUUAAAAUAAAACGAGCACCAAAAAGAAAGUGUGAUUCAAAGCAGUUUUUGCAUUGCAUGUACUGCAAAGGGUUGUUUGUACGGAGAGAUCUGUGGCGUCAUUUAAAAAGAUGUCCCUCAAAACCAGCAGCUGACAGUGAAGAGCAAGGGAGGAGGAGAGUCUUGGGCCUGGCAUCUAUGGCAGAGUCUUCAUUCAGUCAGCACAUAUCACAAGGAGUUUGGAAACUCUUAGGUGUGAUGAAGCAGGAUGACAUUUCCGCUGUGGUCAAAAAUGACCUGAGUAUUCUUCAGCUUGCACAGUCGUUUUUUAACAAACAUGGUCAUGACCCUACCAAAUUUGAGUAUAUUCGACAAAAACUCCGUGAAGUUGGAAGAUUGUUGCUGACUUUGCGUAGACAGUUUUCUGUGUACAGUCUUGAAGAAGCUCUGAAACCUGCCAAUUUUCAUAGACUUAUUCGAGCGGUUCAAAUGGUGUCUGGCUAUGAUGAUGAGAGCCACUGCUACCAAAGCCCAAGCCUUGCCCUGAAACUGGGGCAUUCGUUGAAUAAGAUUUGUGAAAUCAUUCAGUGCCGAGCACUGAUGUCUGAAGACAAGGAAUUGAUCUCAUCAACAGAGACCUUCAAAAAGCUCUACUCCUCAAAGUGGUCUGAGAUGAUCUCACACACUGCUUUGGUGACACUGAAUGAGGCCAAAUUUAACAAGCCAUCAACACUUCCCUUCACCCAGGAUGUCCAGUCUCUUCAUCAGCUCCUUGAGAAGACUGCAGAUACUGCUUUUCAGAAACUACAAGAGACUGCAUCUCCUCAAAGCUAUGCAGAACUGGCCAAAGCAACACUCACCAGAAUCAUUGUUUUCAACCGCAGACGUGCAGGAGAGGUCUCUAAAAUGCCGCUGAAGGCUUUCAAUGAAAGGGACGGCACUUCUCUCCAUGAAGAUGUAGCGAUGGGCCUGAGCAAGUUUGAGCAGAAACUCUGCAGCCAUUUCAGUCGAGUUGAGAUCAGGGGGAAGAGGGGAAGAAAGGUUGCGGUUCUUCUCUCUCCUGAUAUGGUCGAUGCCCUGAUGCUACUGGUCAGCAGGAGAGGUACAUGUGGAGUGCUAGACACUAAUACUUUCUUGUUUGCUCGGCCAAACUGCCAGAGUUACUACAGAGGCCAGGACUCUCUGAGGGUAUAUGCAAGGGAAUGUGGAGCUCAAAAUCCAGAAUUUCUCAGAUCCACUCAUCUUCGCAAGCACGUGGCUACGCUCUCUCAAAUCCUAAACCUGAAAAACAACGAGUUAGAUCAGGUUGCUGAUUUCUUAGGGCAUGACAUCCGUGUCCACCGUGACUAUUACAGACUGCCAGAAGCCACUACUCAGCUUGCUAAAAUAUCAAAGCUACUGUUAGCCAUGGAAAAGGGCUGUCUUCCUAAUCUUCAAGGCAAAUCCCUUGAUGACAUUGAGAUUGAAGAUGAGAUCAACAUGACCGAUUCUGAUGACAGUGAUCCUGAAGAAAGUGAAUCUGAUGAUGAGGCUCUUGCUGGAGCUGCGGGAAACUCCAGUAAUGCUGGUGUUCAGAAGAUGCCCAUUGAGAGCACCACUGAACUUCCUGAAGAGAGUGAGAGUGAGGCAGAAACUGAAAACCCACGGAGAGGGCAGAAGGUGUCCUGGUCAAACGCUGAAGUUACAGCUGUAAUGAAACAUUUUAAGGGCCACAUAGCUAAAGGAAAACUGGCCACACUGACUGAAUGCCAGCAGUGUAAAUCUGCUGAGGAUCCUGUUUUGAAGAAAGAAACUGAUGCAGGUCUGGAUCAAGUGGAGGGUGAGUACAUGAUGACAGUUUUCAUUCUGGAAGAAAACCAUUCCUUUACAGAUAAAUCUGUUUCUCUACACAUCUGCAACAUGUAUUGUGUGCUCAGAGAGUUAAUCUCAUGUACACUGUGUGUUUAGUGAGGUACUUACAACAUGAGGAUUGCCUUUUGAUUUGAUUUAUAGUUUUUUUUUUUUUUUUUUUUUUAGUUGGUGAAUUACACUUAAUUAUUUGAUGUUUGUUUUGUGUGGCAUUCCUUUUUUUUUUUAAGAUUACCCGUUUAAUUAAUUGGCGAAUUUGACAACAUGUUUAUUUUUAUUUCACAAAUUUAAGUCAUUAUUAAAGUACUUCUAAAACACAUUGGUGUCUGUAAUGUUGUGUAUUGUGUUAAAGAUCCUGUACUCUUUAACCACCUCAGUCUUAGUAAUGCAGCAUAGGGACAUGUCUGUGUGUUGUGUAUGGGGUCACGUACCUGUAAAACACAUUGGUCCCUGUAAUCCAGAGAAUGGACAUGUUUUGUGUAUUGUAAAACGAGUGUCCUCAUAAAUCAAUCGGACCCUAUAAAUACCAAUUAUGUAAUGGGCGGGAACAUUAUAGGAGGGGCGUGACAGUCCUUGUGUACCACCAAAAUAUCAUAUUGUCAUAUUAUCAAUUCUAUUGUGUGU